AUAUUAUUGUUUCCGGCUCGGGUGAUUCGGAUAACCUUGACAUAGCAAAGUCCAUACGAGAGACGGGAUCGGGAUUCGGGAAGCCGAGAGAGAAAAGUCCGAUAUUCAGACACUAGUCUAUUUUUAGUAAAGUCUCCCCUCGCGUAAUUCUGUCGCCCGCACUUUGGAUAAUUUUCAUUUUCAACAUCUCUUUUUUGAAACUUCGAACCACGACAAUUUCCAUUCCGCCCAAAGAACUUCAUCGACAAACCCUUCGAACAUAUUACCAAAUACCGCAAAAAUGGGUGGUGUCACUGUUCGCGAUGUUGACGCUCAAAAGUUCAUUGAUGCAUAUGCUGCUUUCUUGAAGAGACAAGGAAAGCUCCCAAUUCCAGGUUGGGUUGAUACCGUCAAGACCAGCGCAUCCAACGAGCUCCCACCUCAAUCUAUUGACUGGUACUACGUUCGUGCUGCUGCCAACGCCCGUCACAUCUACCUCCGCAAAACCGUCGGUGUUGGCCGUCUCACCAAGGUCCACGGUUCAACCAAGAACCGUGGUUCCAGACCAUCCCACCACGUUAACGCCUCCGGAUCUGUCGACCGUCACGUUUUGCAAUCCCUCGAGAAGAUCGGUGUUUUGGAGCAAGAUGAGGAGAAGGGAGGUCGUCGUAUCACUCAAUCCGGACAACGUGAUUUGGACCGUAUCGCACAAACCACCGUUGAGGCCGAUGAGGAAGAAGAUGACGAGUAAAUUAUUUACAUCAUGGUCUGGGAAUGGGAAAUCUUUACGGGGUUUGGGCUAUAUGGUGUAUCACAUAUAAAUAAAAGCUCGUCCUAAAGCACUUUGCUUUUCAUUAUACCCCAUUUGUUAUUACGGUUAACGUGGACGUGAAAGAAGUAUCAUUUUGAAUCUCAUCAAUCCAAGCUUUGAACCUGUGCCUUUCCUUAACUUUCGCUCCAUUGGUAUUGAAAAUGCCUACAAAGUUUUGUAAAUUCAUCAGUCUUUGACUUGUUGAAAGCG